AUGGCUUUUGGCGACCCCGGUGCGGAGAAAGUAGUAUUGAAUAUUGAUUCUCUCUGGGCUGGGGGACCAUUCGAGACAUCAUCAUACAUGGGAGGAAAUCCGACCUCAGACAAAUCACAGUACUUGCCUAGCAUAAGAGAGUGGAUAUUCCAAAACGGGACGGGGAAUGUCUCGCAGCUUCUUGGGGAUGAGGAUAACUACGGAUCAUACCAGGUGUUCGCCAACCUUUCAGUAGCGAUUGGCGGGGUCACAUCGGCAACAAAGUACCGCAGGUCUCUAGAUCUCGAUACUGGAAUUCAUUCAACAGUCUAUACUACAAACAAAGGAAGCAUAUAUACCACUGUUGUCUUCUGCUCAUAUCCCGACCAUGUCUGUGUCUAUGAUAUCACGUCUUCUGGAGAUCUGCCGGAAAUAUCAAUUGCUUUCGAUAAUCAGCUGACUGACUCGUCUCUCUUCAACACGACCUGCGGUAAUCGACAUGUUCGGGCAACUGGGAUUACCCAAUUAGGCCCUCCCACCGGGAUGAUGUACAAUGGCAUUGCGCAACUUGUUGGAGAUGUUGGGUCGUCACAUUGCAGUAACACGACUUCCGGUGUGCUAAUCAUCCCGGCCGGUUCGACGAGCCGGAAACUCAGUCUCGUUAUCGGGGCUGGUACCAACUAUGACCAGAAAGCGGGCAAUGAGAAGUCUGGUUUCUCAUUCAAGGGUGUGGAUCCAGGUCCAUACGUCGAAUCUGUAACUUCAGCAGCGUCGCAAAAGGCAGAGAAGGACUUGCGGCAAGAUCAUAUCACAGAUUACCAAAGCCAUGCGGGACAAUUCGACUUAAAUCUCCCGGAUACUGCAGGUUCUGCUAACCUGGAAACCUCUGUUAUACUCGGUCGAUACACCUCGAACAAUACUGGCGAUCCAUACCUCGAGUCCCUACUGUUUCAGCUUGGCAGACACCUCUUCAUAUCUUCUUCAAGAGAGAAUAGUCUACCAACGAAUCUAGCUGGGCGAUGGAGCGAGACCAUUGAAGCAGCCUGGAGUGCAGAUUAUCAUACCGAUAUAAACAUUCAAAUGAAUCAUUGGGGGGUCGAUGCAACCGGACUAGGCAACAUUCAGUCCCCGCUUUGGGAUUUUAUGCAAGAUACUUGGAUACCGCAAGGCACGAAUACAGCUAAACUAUUAUAUGGCGCUCCCGGCUGGGUUGGUCACAGCUUCAUAAAUAUUUUUGGGUAUACGGCUAUGGGAGAUACAGCUUCAUGGGCCAAUAUUCCAGUGGAGAUGGCAUGGAUGAUGCAACAUGUUUAUGAUCAUUUUACUUACUCUCAAAAUGCUACGUGGCUAGAAGACCAAGCAUAUCCGCUCAUCAGUGGGGUCGCAGAGUUCUGGCUUUCUCAACUUCAGGAAGACAAAUUCUUCAAUGACGGGACAUUGGUCGUGAACCCUUGCAAUUCCCCUGAACAUGGCCCUACGACCUUUGGCUGCACACACUACCAACAACUAAUCCACCAACUCUUCACCAAUACCAUUACUCUCAUCUCCUACCUUCCUUCCCCUACAUCUUCCGACCAAACCCUCUCAACUUCCCUCACCACUGCCCUCGAAACUCUCGAUACAGGCCUCCACAUCUCCACCUUCGGCACAGUCAAAGAAUGGAAACUCCCCGACACCUACGGCUACGACGUCCCCAACGAUACACACCGCCACCUCUCCCACCUCUACGGCUGGUACCCCGGCCACAGCAUCUCCUCCCUCCUCUCCGGCUACACCAACACCAGCAUCCAAUCCGCAAUCUCAUCGUCCCUCAUCAACCGCGGUCCCGGUCUCGGCGCCGACGCAAACGCGGGAUGGGAAAAAGUAUGGCGGUCUGCUUGCUGGGCUCUGCUUAACAACACCUCGGAAGCUUAUUACGAGCUUCGUUUUACCAUCGCGGAGAACUUGGCCGGAAACGGGCUGAGUAUGUAUAGUGGGAAAAGCAAGCCGUUUCAAAUCGAUGCGAAUUUUGGGUUUGUGGGUGCGGUGGUGGCGAUGCUUGUGGUGGAUUUACCGGGGAAGGAGGAGGUGGUGCUGGGGCCGGCAAUACCGAGUGCGUGGGGAAACGGGAGUGUGAAGGGGUUGAGGAUUAGGGGUGGUGGAGUGGUGGACUUUGCUUGGGAUGGGGACGGGCUUGUUAUAGCGGCGACAGUGAAGGGUGGGAGUGGAAGUGGAAGUGGAAGUGGAAGUGGAAGGAAGAUUGUGAAUAAAGAUGGCGCAAUAUUGGCUUAA